GCUCCUCCUCUCCCCGCCUCACUGUCUCUUUCCCCAUCUCCUCCUGCAAAGAUGGCAACCGAGGGGCUGAAGGAGAACGAGACCCUGGCGUCGCUGAAGAACGAGGCCGAGAGCCUCAAGGGCAAGCUGGAGGAGGAGAGGGCCAAGCUGCACGACGUGGAGCUUCAUCAGGUGGCAGAGCGUGUGGAAGCUUUGGGUCAGUUUGUGAUGAAGACAAGAAGGACGCUGAAAGGCCAUGGCAAUAAAGUCCUCUGCAUGGACUGGUGCAAAGAUAAAAGAAGAAUUGUCAGCUCUUCCCAGGAUGGGAAGGUGAUUGUUUGGGAUGCCUUCACUACCAAUAAGGAACAUGCGGUGACGAUGCCUUGCACCUGGGUGAUGGCAUGCGCUUACGCCCCUUCAGGAUGUGCCAUUGCUUGUGGGGGUUUGGACAACAAGUGUUCUGUGUAUCCACUGGCAUUUGAAAAAAAUGAGAAUAUGGCGGCCAAGAAGAAAUCAGUUGCCAUGCACACCAAUUACCUGUCGGCUUGCAGCUUCACGAAUUCGGAUAUGCAGAUCUUGACUGCUAGUGGAGAUGGCACCUGUGCUCUCUGGGACGUUGAAAGUGGGCAGCUUCUGCAGAGUUUUCACGGCCAUGGAGCGGAUGUCUUGUGCUUGGAUCUUGCUCCUUCAGAGACCGGGAACACAUUUGUGUCAGGGGGGUGUGAUAAAAAAGCCAUGGUUUGGGAUAUGAGGACUGGCCAAUGCAUUCAGUCAUUUGAAACCCACGAAUCGGAUAUCAAUAGCGUCAGGUACUACCCAAGUGGAGACGCCUUUGCCUCUGGCUCAGAUGAUGCCACAUGUCGUUUAUAUGACUUGCGGGCAGACAGAGAAGUGGCCAUUUAUUCCAAAGAGAGCAUCAUCUUUGGGGCAUCGAGUGUGGACUUUUCCCUUAGUGGCCGCUUACUAUUUGCUGGCUACAAUGACUACACCAUAAACGUGUGGGAUGUUCUGAAAGGGGCUCGUGUUUCUAUCCUGUUUGGCCAUGAGAAUCGAGUUAGCACUUUGAGGGUUUCGCCUGACGGGACAGCCUUCUGCUCAGGAUCCUGGGAUCACACUCUAAGAAUCUGGGCUUAACCCCCAGUGCUGUUGGCAGAUACGUGUUGAAAUUGUAAUGGGAUGGGGAGAAAAUGAACACCUCAGAUCGGAAAA